AUGAAUAUCUAUCUGAACAAUACUAGCUAUGUCUCCUGCCUUUUCAGCAUCAUAUGUGAUUCACUAUUAUUUGUGACAAGAUUCAUAUCAACUCUGCGUCAUCAUGGCAAAGAUUUCUUUGGAUCAAAGUACAACCAGACUGAGCAUGUGGUAUCCCAUCUAGAUUUUUUUGGCUUGGAACACAUCUACUUUGCCCAUACCAGUGCUGAAACUGAGCGAGCUGAACCAGACUCCCGUAUUCAACUAUGUCUCCAUCUGGUUAAUGAGAAAACACCCUGCAAGCAAAUCGACGCGGACGAAGCAGAUGGUUUCCCAGAUACUGAACUACAGCGAAGAAACCUCAUCAUCCCACCAACUAGGAUAACGACCAAAGAUCACCCACACGGCCAUCACCCCACUAUCACUGGUAUACUCCUACCACCGCCGAGGAAAACGUCCACUCAAAAACCUACCACCAGCGCAAGUUCUAGUUCUAGCACCUCCACACUGGAUGCUACCUUAUCCACAAUAUCUAGCACCACAGUAUCAGCAGAAACCAGUACAACCCCUUCUUCACACCCAGAACCGGACCCUUCAGGUAUCUCCGGAGCAAAAGCGGGAAUAGGAAUUGGUGUAUUUGCGAUUCUCUUGAUUAUCUGUUUCAUACUACGACCCUUCAUACUACGAUACAAGCACAGACACAAGCGCGAUGUGGAGAAUACACAGGAGCCAUUACAGCUGAAGCCAACUGCGUCUGGACCACUAGUCAUGAAGAAAUAUGGAAAUGAAAUUAAUGAACUUGAUGGUCGGGUGGCUACGAGUCCGCCUGGACCUCUGCAAGAGGAGAUAUUUGAAUUGAGUGGGGAAUUCGCUGUGCCGCUGUUCAAAGAAAUGGAUCCAUCUGUGAAACUAGGGACAGGGAAUACGGGGUAA